AAAAAAAUAUGUUUAGAAAUUUUAAAACAACACUAAAGAUCAUAGGCUUCAGUAUAUAGAGCAUUUACCGAAAAAUUUAAUAUUAUCGUAGGGGUUAACACAUAGAUUUUGUUAAAAAUUCAAAAAUAUGAAAAUAUUGUUUUAAUGCAUAUUUGCAUCAUUCACUAACAUAUGAUGAAGGUCAAAGAGGUUUGAAAUCUUUGUUGUCUCUCUUUUCCUAGAGAAUAACAAUUUUAUAGUGUUUAGUCUACCAAUUUAGAGAGUAUUAUGAAGUUUUACUAAAUUAAUUGACAAAAAAUUAAAAUGGUGUUCAUUUACCUUGAAAGAGAGUUUAGUAUACAUUAAUACAAAAUGUAAAAUGUGUUUAGAAAUUUUAAAACAACAUUCAAGAUCAUAGGUUUCAGUAUAUAUAUAGUAUUUACCGAAAAAAUCAAUGUUUUUUCGUAGGGUAUAUAUGUGAUAAGUUCCAUUAUGAAUAGUAGUUAACCAAUGUCAAACAGUUAUCAUUUUGAUUAGGUAAUAUGGUGGUUGGAAAGAGCUUCCACGCGGUUUGAAAAACCCCUGAAAAGCUCUAGACCUGCACAUAUAUUUGGUAGACUAGUUGUAAAACUUAGGUUGUUCUUAUUCCUUAAUAACAUAUUUUAUAAUAGUUUACACGUUUCCUCACUACUUUUGUUUGCUUCUUCAAUUAAAGUUUUGGAUGCAAAGCGUGCGCUGGUUCCCCUCAAGAUUUCAUUUCAUGUGCUCGUAUUAAUAAAAUAGAACAAUGUAUGUGCAUUUUGUCCAAAACUCAUGCACGUCUACUUUGUGGCAGACCACAACGGUCAAAAGUCUCUCUAAAAUAUCAUUCUUUAGUGGAAUAUAGCUUAAAUUAAUAAGACGCAAUAAAUGCAGUGUGUGAGAUGGACUAGUUAGGAUACGCAGAGCUGUACAAGGAUGAUGAGGCUUAAGACAACCAAAAUUUUCAACAUAGCAUGUCCACAUAGCUUCUAAAAUUUAUUAUCUAAAGUUUAUAAGGGUUACUGACUGACUGUUUAUUAGUUUCUGUAAGAGAAAAAAUUUACACGUAAAUAUAAAAUAUAGAGAAAUGGUUUAAGAAAACAAACAUUGAUUUUAAACCGAUCAUGACGUAUUGACGUAUAGUGUGUCAAGGAUACACCUAAACAUUCUUAUGAUUCGACUGAUCCUCACAUUAUUCUCUCAAUAUUCUGCAAAUUCAUUUAUGGAAAUCUCAGUAAAUAUGUUUAAACCUAGAGCAGUAGAGCCUCUUCCUCAACUCUUGUAUAUAAGCUCUUGUAAUGUCGUAUGAAUAAGAAUUAGAAAAACUUACACAGUGUGGUGGUUUAAACUAAUGUUAUUUUGAGAAAUCAUGUAACAAGAACCAAGUAAAUUACAUGGAGGAUAGAAAACCUUAAAACACCCAAAAAGUAUUAAAGAAAACGCUUACAUAAUCAAACUUCUAUGCUAGGCUGAGAAUAUUUAGCUUUCAAAACUUUGUAUAAAACCUGCUUUUUAAUCUUUUGGAGGAUGUCCCAAUGUCACUUUUAUCAUAUCUUUUAUCUUCAGAAUCAAACUACAUCUUCAUAUCUUACUUUAGGCACAAGCUCUUAAGUUUUUUCCUCUUCUCAAUCUCCACAAGAACCCACUAAAAGCGUUUCCUCUUGUCCCUGAUGAGUCGGUCUACCCUUGCUGCUAAAAUCAACUUUGUAGCCAAGAUCUCACAUGCAUCAGCCCGAAACUCAGAAGACGUGUUUAAGACAAUCUCUUCUCAAAACAAUCCACAAGACCCCCCCAACAGAACUCUUCUUCAUCUUCUAUCCAUCAAGUAGUUGAGUAGGAGACAAGUUAGCAAGUUUUGAUAAACCUCUUACCAUGAUCUUGGCUGCAAAGAAUCCAAAAGAGGUUCCUUCAUAUCUGAUCACUACUUCAAACAAAAAAAAACUUAUUUCAGAAAACCUUGAUCAGAGUUGAGAUUAAUUUUGAUUACUAGGGGUUUAUGGGUUAUAUGUAGAGGAAAAAGAGUCUUAAACCGAUCCAAUAAGAAAUAAAAAAAGGAAAAGAGUAACAAGACCAAUAUGUAAAUCUUCUUCUUCAAUUCGGAAGUGAAAUCCUAAUUUUGAAUAUUUCUGAGAAAUUAAGUAGUUAAGGAAAUAUUAACGAAAUUUUUUCCGUAUAAUAUUAUUUUAGGAAAUUUUAUUUUUUCCUUUUCUUUGGUCAGAGGAACUUUUCUAUAGUCUCUCAAAAUCCCCUAAUAAGGUAUCAUUCCUUUUUAUAUCAUAUUAUUUUAGUAAAAUAUCUUCUAAUUAGUUAAGUUCAUAAUUUUAAAGAUUUUAAAUUCAUUUAUUACUAAAAAAAAUACAUAUGUUCUUGGAUUGUAGAUUUAUGAUCCUAUAAUACACCUCUAUAAUUAUUACUUCUGUAAAACCUAUAUUCUUCAUGGCUAAGAGACAGGCUCUUCUGGUUAACAUGAGAAACAAAAUAAAGGAGCUGGAGGUGAAGAUGGCGGAGACUAGCUUAACCAAUGAGGAUGCUAUGGAAGAGAAACAACUUUGUGACAGUAUCGCAAAAGUCAGAGUUCCUAUGGGCAAAGCAUUUUCAAACUUCAAUUUCGUGACUAUAAUCAACCUAAAUUAUACCAACUUAGAGAAUGAAGGUACUAUAGCUCUAGUAAACGCUCUCGAGAACUCUGCUCCAUCUCUUAAAGCUAUAGAAAUGGCUGGAAACAACAUAACCUAUGAGGCGGCUCCAGAUAUCGCAGCUUGUUUGGUAGCAAAGAAACAUCUGAAAAGGUUGAACUUGUCGAAUAAUGACCUUAAAGAUGAGGGAUGUUUUGAGAUUGCUUAUAUUAUGGAACCUUUGGAGGUGAAAUACGUUGAUAUGAGCAGCAAUAACCUGACCAGAGAAGGAGCAUUGAGCUUGGCUCUUGUUGCUGUCAAGAAAGAAGGUUUCGAGAUGUUGAACAUUGAUGGGAACAUGAUUUCAUUUGAAGGCAUAGAGGAAAUUAUGGAGAUAUUCAAGAAUUGUCCUAAGUUACUUGGACCGUUUGAUGAUAAUGACCCUUAUGAAGGUGAUGAAGAUGAUGGGUAUGAUGAUGAUCAAGAGUGGGAAAGUGAGAGUCUUCACGAAAUUUUGAAGAUGAAUUUGUGAGUGUGUUUUACUUUUAUUAGUUUGUAAUGUAUUAGUAGAGAUUUGGGAUUAUGUUAUCUCAAAUUCAAACGCUAAGGUAUAUUACAUGUUAGAAUGGAAUAAGUUACAUUGGCAAGAAGAACAUCUUUACACUUUCUUAAACACACACACAGACAGGUAGAAUAAGAGACCAAACUCAACUCAGUUCUCAAGUUAUCCUUCCCAGUGUGUUAAAAUCCCAAAAUGGUGCUUUGCGCUGUUCCACCUGUUAUCUUGGUUCUGUGUAAGUAGUAUAUGCCCAUUCAGGGACUUCUUGCUCUUGCAUCAGACGUGAUCUGUAACUCUCCUUCCUUCGCCUCUCCUCAUCCGUUCUCUCAAAUAUCCAAAACUCAUCCUCACUACGAGCCGCGAGCCAGUUUAUCUCUCUCUCUCACUGGGGACAUCAUUCCCUAGUGAGCUUGUUCCUUUGCGCAUGAGCUCUUCAAGCAUCUCUCUUCUGUCUUGUGCUGUUGUUAUUAAUAAUCACAAAGCACACAUCAACAGACUACCAUUGCGAUAUUACAGAAGAAACUCUAUAAAUUAAUACUCAAAUGUAUCACAGCUCAAACAAACGUUGCAUAAUAACAAAGAUCACGGGGAUGAUACCUUGAGCCCAUAAAGCUCUGAGUAAGCAUUUUCCUUGUAAGUCUUCACCUCUAGUGGAAGGUAAUUCUGAUAUAAACAAACACAAGACAUCUACAUCAGUUUCAG